UUCCUCCGGCGGCCGAAAGAAAGGUUCCACAACCCGGAAGACAACAAGACCACGUUGUUUCCGAAUCAAAACGUGUUGCGAACAGCAGAGUAACGUUACUGAGAGUAGCAGACUGCCGAGAGAACAGCUUUGUAGCCUUAACUACUCGAACGUGUGAUAGUCUACCCAGCAACGGGAUGGAGGCCCAACCAGAGGAGACGGCUUUGGUACCGGAGGUUCUUCAGAGCUCAGCAGAGACACACGGAGAGGAACUGAACAACGGUACCAGUACCAGCACAGCUGAGACAGAACCUCAGGGACUGACCUCCGGGACCUCAGACAGCCGUUUACUGGGAGAGUUAACGGGAGGAGCAGAGGAGAUGGAGGUUACAGAGAAUCUCAGCUCUGUCUCGGGCUCCGAGCUGGGAGAUGGAACCACACACCUUCCCCAGGACCUCUCCCAGGACCUCCCCCAGGACCUCUCCCAGGACCUCCCCCAGGACCCCUCUCAGGACCUCCCCCAGGACCCCUCUCAGGACCUCCCCCAGGGUCUCCCCCAGGACCUCUCUCAGGGCCUCUCCCAGGACCUCUCUCAGGGCCUCUCCCAGGACCUCCCCCAGGACCCCCCCCAGGUACUGCUGACGCUACAGGACGGUGUCAGGGACCAGCAGGACAGCAGCAGCUCCUCCUCAGACAGUGAUUCAGACUCCUCUUCCUCCGGUGUGACGCUGGCUGUUGUGUUAGGUCAGGCAGAUGAAGAUGACGAUGACGACGAAGGCUUCAGUCGGGCAAGGAAACCCUGUUCCAUCAAAACCCUGGAUGAGAUCCUGCCUGAGGCACCCCUGGCCUCUAACCCCUGGCCUCUAACCCUGACCUCUAACUAA